UAUGAUCGCUAUGUUGCCAUUUGUGACCCAUUGCGCUACCCAGUAAUCAUGACUGCUCGGCCCUGCUUGCACCUGGCUGUGGGAUCCUGGCUGGUUGGUUUCCUGAUUUCUAUGCUCAAGGUGUUUUUCAUUUCCCGCUUGACCUUCUGUGGACCCAAUGUCAUCAACCACUUCUUCUGUGACAUUUCACCUUUGCUCAACCUCUCUUGCACAGACCGGACAGUGGCUGAGAUGGUGGAUUUUGUAUUUGCUCUCAUCAUCCUUUUAAUUCCACUGGCAAUCACAAUGGUCUCCUAUGUGUGCAUCAUAAAUACCAUUUUACGUAUCCCCACUGCCCAGGGAAAAAGAAAAGCUUUCUCUACCUGUGCCUCACACCUUACUGUUGUUGUCAUCUUCUACUCAGCUACCCUCUUCAUGUAUGCCCGACCAAGAAGAAUUCAUUCAUUUAAUAUGAAUAAGCUUGUGUCAGUUGUGUACACUAUUGUGACCCCUAUGCUGAACCCCUUCAUUUACUGCCUACGGAAUCAGGAAGUAAAGGAAGCCCUGAAAAAGUUUUUUUCUAGUUUGAAUGCUAACUCUGUGACUGGCAACCACUAG